AUGUCUCUGUCUUCGGAGUCCAUCAUCAAGGAGACAACCGGCACUUACUCUCUCGACCAGCCGUGCUCGCGGGUCGAGGUGUGCGGUGAAUCCGGAGAGUUUGUCAUUUUGGGGGGCAGAAAGUAUCACCGUGAAGAUUUGACCCGGGCAUUUGCCGGUACGUUCCAAGUUGAACGGUACCUGACUGGUCCCACUCAUAGCUUCGCCAACCCGGCUCCUGUGGGGCUUGCUGGUUUCGGCUUGACCACGGUUGUGUUGGGGCUUUUCAUUGCCAAUGCUAAGCACAUUCACCAACCCCAAUUGAUCGUGGGGUGCUGCAUGUUUGCUGGUGGGGUGCUUUUGUUUUUGUCAGGGACGUGGGAGUUGGUGAUGGGUAACACUUUUGGUGGCACCGCCUUUGUGUCGUAUGGCACCUUUUGGUUCUCGUUUGGGGCGAUUACCAUUCCAGGCUUCGGCAUUGCUGAGGCCUAUGGCGAAGACGCUGAUCAGCUUAACCAAGCCAUCGGCCAUUGGCUUCUUGGUUGGGUGAUAUUUACUUUGAUUUGCUGGGCAUUUACUCUCAAGGCAACCUGGGCAUUCUUUAUCACUUUCACCUUUUUGGAAGCAACAUUUGUGGUGUUGAUGGCAGCUUACUACAGUGGUCUGGCUAAUGUGAUGAAAGGUGGUGGGAUCUUGGCAGUGAUCACCGGGUUCAUGGGAUGGUUCUGUGGCUACGCAGGUAUUGCCAACCGCUCGAACACUUACUCUUUCUUCAUUCCUCCUUCGUUGCCGAUGCCUUUGAUUGGCAAGAAGGGCUAG